AUGGCCGACGGCGCAGCACCACCAAAGCCGAAACGGUCUUUCUUCAAAAAACCGUCCUGGAAGCAAAAUGCCGACACCGGCGACGAUGACGAUCCAACAGCCAUGUUCGAUGGCUCUAAGCAGACCUUCUCGGCCAUCAUGGAGGAACGCGAGCGCGCCAGGGUCAAGAAGCUGCAAGAGCAGGAAGAGAGCGCCAGAAAGAGAGAGCUGGACGCCGCUAGGCGAGGCAAACGACGAAAGACGGCUCACGAUGAAGAGCACCCGCCAGUCAGGCGAGAUGAAGGCCAGAGUGAAUUAGCUAGACAGCACGCAUCACUGUCCUCCUCACCUCCUCCGUUGCCCACUGUUGACGCUCAUUCCCUUUCGGCGCGCUACGAAGCUGACGCCCGGGCAAGCCGGGCGCGCGACGCAGAACUCAGGCCAGCUGUGGUGGUCGAUCUCGGUGACACGGACUCGGACGACAAUGCGCCACCGCCGGCCGAAAGGGUCCCAGAGCAGGCUGCGCCGACGGAUCUCGACGAAGAAAUCGACGAAUCAGACCCCGAAAUCCGGGAAAUCAUACGUGAGACAAGGCGCAAGCAGAAGCUCGCACGAGAGCAGGAUGCGACCCGAGGAGCGUCGCCCGUCGGAGCAGGGAACCGGCAUAAGCAGAGCCCGGCGGCGGCGACGAAUUUUACCCGUAAGCUCUCACAACGUCUACAAGAAGUAAGGCAAGCGUGGUGCAAGAGGCAGGGGUUCGACCAAAAAAUGACGGACUCUGUCUUCUUUACGUUCAAAGGCAGGAGGCUUUUCGAUGUUGCGACCUGUAGGAGCUUGGGUCUGGUUGCCGAUGCUUUCGGCGGCGUGCGCAUGAAAGAUGGGUUCGACUGGGAUGAAAACGACGGCAAGGUCACCAUCGAGGCGGUGACGUUGGCCAUUUUCAAUGAGGAUGCAAAGGAGGCGCAGCGGCAACGCGAGCCUGAGCCAGAACUAGAAGUAGCACCGGAGCCGGAACAAAAAAGAACGAAGAUAAUAGUCAGGACCAAGGACUUUGGCGAUGCCAAGUUCACGUGUGGACCGGAAACGACAUUUGAAAAGCUGGCGAUGUCAUCGAUCAACAGGUUAAAGGUACCUGCCGGCAAGCGGCCCUAUCUACUGUUUGACGGUGAGCGGUUAGAUCCAGGCGGUACAAUGGCGGAACUCGAAGAUUUCGAGGACGAGGACGCUCUAGAGAUGCACUUUGAGUGA